AUGGCAGCAGCCUGCAUCGCCGUCCUCCUCCUCGCCCUUUUGCUAGAAGGUCUCCGGCGCCUGACUCGGGAAUACGACCGCCACCUCCUCCGUCACCACGCCCACAAAUGCCCCCAUCACCAACAUCACGGCCAUCCCGGUGAGAUAAUCUUGAUAGAUACGGAACCUGUCCCUCCCCAUCCUGUAGGAAGGAGGAUGACGCCCUCGUCGUCUCUGAGGCCUCUGACGGCGGAGCAGUCGAGGGUGGCAAGUGCGGUUAAUCUGAAUGCGGCACAUGGGGAGGGGAUAGGACAAGUGGACGGGCAGUGUGCGAGCAGGCCGCGGCGGCAGAAGGAGGAGAGUCAUCAUACUGGGGGUGAACACGAGAGAAAGGAAGGGUGCGAGUGUUAUAGGCCGGGGUUUUGUGAGCAGUUUUUGAGGGCGUUGUUGCAUUUGGUUAAUUUUGUGGUGGCUUAUUUGUUGAUGCUGAUGGGGAUGUACUAUAAUGGGUUUGUGCUGUUCUCGAUUUUCUUUGGGGUGUUUUUGGGGUAUUUGUUGUUUCACUGGACGAGGGUGGGGAAACAUGACAGUAAGCGGUGUGGCGAGUUGGAGGAUGUGACUGUUUGUUGUGGGUGA